AAACAUAAUUACAUAAUAAUAAACAUCUUCAAGAUGUGUUUGUUUCAAGCUAAGUAGUCCUCACUUGCUUCUUCGCUACGUUUCGACAUAGUUCUUUCUCAGAGUAAUGUUGGUUUGGGUUCAAUGGCACUGAAGGUUGAAUCUUCGUCACGAACUUCAAAAUGGAAGUACCGUGUUUUCGUGAGUUUUAGGGGAAAAGACACCCGCGACGGUUUCACUGAGCAUUUGUAUGCAGCCUUGCAAAGGCAACGUAUUCAAACGUUCAGAGAAAACAACAAUGAAGAACUCCGAACAAGUGAUCAGCAGCUCCUUCUUGCAAUUGUCAUACUGUCACCCAAUUAUGCAAAUUCCACAUCGUGUUUGGAUGAACUCCGAAAGAUUGUUGAAAGCAAAGGAAGCUCUGGCAUGAUAUUGCCGGUGUUCUACGGUGUGGAUCCUUUCGACGUACGGCACCAAAAGGGCACCUUUGCAGAAGCUUUUAGGAAACAUGAGGAGAGAUUUAAUGGAAACAAAGAAAAGGUUCAGAAGUGGAGAGAUGCUUUGAAAUUCGUUGCACAAUUAAGAGGUUGCAGCUCUCAACAUCGAUAUGAAGCACAGCUCAUUGAUGAAAUUGUUGAAGAAGCAUGGACAAAAAUAGAAUCUAGAUUGCCAACACAAGAUGAUAAUGAUGACGACGAUGAUGAUCUAAUUGCGAUUAAUGCAAAAGUAAAUGAAGUAUGUUCAUGUUUAAGCCCAGAGUCAACAGAUGUGCUCUUCAUUGGAAUAUGGGGUAUGGGCGGGUUAGGAAAAACUACUCUUGCCUCUACUGUUUACAAGAAAAUCCGAAGCCAAUUUGAAGAACACUGCAUUCUUUGCGUUGGAGAGGUUUCGAGAGAAGGAGAUCAUGGUCUAGUUAACCUGCAAAAUCAACUUCUUUCACAUUUGAAACCAAAGUGCAUGGUAAUUAAAACUUUGAACCAAGGAAAGGAUGCCAUCAAAAACCUUUUGUACAAAAAGAAAGUUCUCAUUGUUCUUGAUGAUGUGAGAACUACAAGACAGCUAGAGAAUUUGGCAGGAAGCCGCGUUUGGUUUGGUCCAGGGAGUAGAAUAAUAGUUACUACUAGGGACCAACAAUUGCUUAGUUCCCAUGGAGUAACACUGUUUAAAUUGUAUGAGAUGAAAGCCUUGGAUACUAAUGAAUCCCUUCAGCUAUUCCACAAAGAAGCAUUUAAAGGAGAGAAAAAACAAGAAGAGUAUUUGGAUUUGUCUAGAAAGUUCGUAGAAUAUGCUGGAGGCCUUCCUUUGGCACUUAAAGUGCUAGGUUCCAAUCUUUGUACAAGAAGCAUUGAUGAAUGGGAUGAGGCUUUAGAUAAGAUGAGAAAAGAUCAAGAUGGUGGUAUUAUGAACAUACUUAGGAUAUGCUAUGAUAUGUUGGAAGAAGGUUAUUACAAGACUAUAUUUCUUGACAUUGCAUGUUUCUUUAAAGGGUGGUACAAAGAUAAAGUAAUAAGAAUAUUGAAAAAUUGUGGCCUUCAUCCGGCAAUAGGAAUAAGUGUACUUGUUGAAAAGUCAUUGAUAACUUGCAAAAAAGGAGUUUUAGGGAUGCAUGAUUUACUUGAGGAAAUGGGUAGAAUGAUGGUCAUGCAAGAAUCUAAACAACAUCUUGGACGCAGUAGGUUGUCCUCUCUAGAUGACAUUAAUCAAGUAUUGAAGGAAAAUACGGGAAUUGAGAAGAUUGAAGGUGUGGUUUUGAAGCAACAAAUUGAGUCAUAUAAUAAAGAUAUUUUGAAAGAUCAUCGAGCAUUCUCCAAGAUGUGCAACCUAAGACUUCUCAUCAUAUUAUGUGAAUUGCACCUGUCUCGUGGUUUCAAAUGUCUUCCUAGCUCGUUGAAAGUUCUUAUUUGGGUGGAAUGUCCUUUGAAGACUCUACCACUUGGUUUGCAACUACGUGAACUUGUUCACUUGCAAAUGAAUAAUAGCAAAGUGGAACAACUUUGGAAUGGAAGUCAGGUUUUUGAAAAACUAAGAGUUGUUGAUUUGAGUUAUUCCAGCAAUCUGAUUCGAAUUCCAAAUAUUUCUAAUGUUCCAUUGCUUGAAGAGCUGAUCCUUGAUGGUUGUGUAUCGCUUGUUGAGGUUGACCAAUCUGUUGGGAAGCACAAGAAGCUAGCAGUGUUAAGCCUUAUAGGUUGCAUAAAGCUCGAAACCUUGCCCCGGAAAUUCGAAAUGAGUUCACUGAAAAGGCUCAUUCUCUGUGGCUGCUCAAACGUGAAGUCACUUCCCGACUUUGGGGAGAGUAUGGAGUAUUUGUCAGUGUUGAAUUUAAUGAAAUGCUCAAGUCUUCUUUCCAUUCCAGAAACUGUUACCAAUUUGAAGUCACUGAAAAUUCUCAAUUUGUCCGGUUGCUCAAAAAUCUGUAGACUGCCAGAUAAUAUAAAUGAAAACUGGGCUUUGGAAGAUCUUGAUCUUAGUGAAACCUCUAUAAGAGUGAUGGAUUCAUCUUUGUUUCAAUUGGAAAAUCUCAAAAAGCUUUCUUUUCGUGGUUGCAGUGGACCAGUAUCCAGCACCACCACCUCUGAUUCGAGUGUUUCACGCUUAACAUUGCCUCCUCGUAUCCCAGGACUUCCCUCGUUAACCAUAUUUGAUCUAAGCUAUUGCAAUCUCCGUCAUGAAUUGAUUCCUGAUCUGCGCCACUUAUCAUCAUUGGAGACUUUGAUUUUAAGUGGGAAUACAGAGCUUAUCUUAACUCACAGCGUUGCUAAACUUCCUAUGCUGCGUUUUCUUGAAGCAGAAGGUUGCCGACAAACUUUGGAUCCAUAUGUGUUAAAUUUUCAUGGGGAAGCUGGACUACUGUUAGAUUUCUGGAAGUUAUGGAAGCUGUUCAAGACAGAUUAUAACAAGCUCUUAUGUCAGGUUGUAGAUCAUAGUUAUCCUAUCACGUACCAGGAAAUUCCUCCAAAUUUUGGCAAGGAGAUAUUCUUUCCCAUUGGUACACGUUUAUCAGAGCUUGAAUCAAGCGCAUCAAUCACAGUGGACAUACCUAAUGAAUGUUGUGAGGGUAAGUGGUGGGGAAUUGCUGUAUUCCUUGCCUUCAAACCUCUAGAAUCUUCAACUAAUUUUCCGAGUCUAAAAUUUGGUUGGAGCUUUGGAGCUUCCAGUACUGAUCCUGAAGUUGGCUCUUCUUUCUUAUAUCUCUCCUCCAAUGCUGUAAAGGCGCAUUAUGAUUGUUGUCUUGUAACGAUGAUAGUGAGUGAAAAUUACAUAUACAUUCAGCUACACCACAGAAGCUAUGACAAUGUAAGUGAAUCAAAGCCUUUUAGCAAGCAUCGAAAGCCUAAUUUUAGUGAAAAUAGUAGGGUGCGUUUUAGUGUGCAAGGAGAAGAGAUAAAUAUGAAAGAAUGUGGGUAUCAUGUCUUUGGUAAUGAAGAUUUUAGAAACAAAUUCUCAUUUAAACUGAACAAAGAGAGUAUUGUCACACCAAAUUCCAGGGAUUCCUAUAGUUCAGAAGAAAUGGACAUCAUCUUAGAAGAUGAAACAGAAACAACCAGCUUGGGUGAUGAUCGCAUCGAUGAAGAAUCCAAGUUAGUUAGUGUUAAUUCUGAUCAUAUGGAGGCUGAUAUAAGAAUAAAGGAUUCAACCAGAGGUAGAUGGAAAAAGGUAAGUAGCUUCAUGACGAAGAAAUGCAUCUUUGGACUAAAGGGGUGUAAACCAAAGAAACAGUCCCACAAAAACAAUGUAUGAAUCAUGACUAAAAUGAAAGGAUACUCUCAUCUUCUCAAUGGAACAAACAAACAGUACCUGGCUUUAAGACAUACAUUCUUAGAUGGAAACUCACAUUUUAAUAAUUGUUAUCACAUAUUUCAUGUUAUUGUUGCUUUGGUAAGAUUAUGUUAAUAAGGAUUGGAUCAGAAGCUUAUAGCAA